GCACUUAUUUCCCACGUAAGGAAGCCGAGGUGAUUGAGCAUAUGGAAGCAAAGAUAAUAAAUUUUGGUGAAGCACUGGUAUUGACAGCACAGAAAGAUAUCUUGGAUUUCGAGGGAAAACCUCGAGUUACUGGGGAGCAGUGGCUUGUAGCAAAACCCGGUGCAUACCUGCUUGGACCGUAUGAAACUCUGAUAUUCAACAUUCCCCCGACGAUCUAUUUUUAA